AUGGAUCUUUUGAACUAUCCAUCCAAUAUUUCCGUUUCUUUUAUAUCACGUACUUUACUUCAUACAGUUUUAAAAUUUUUCAUACAAAUUUCCAAUGAUUUAGAAUCCAUUAAUGUCAAGUGUAUUCGAAAUAUACACUCGGUAAAAAGUAUAAUACUUCAAUCAUAUUACUCAACUCUACUGGAAGUUAUUUUAGAAAUCAGAAGCGAACUUUCAGAGAUGGAGCGACAAAAUCAAUUAGGAAAUAUGAAGGACAACUUGCAAUCAUUGACAUUGCUAAGUUUACGCACGCUUUUGUUUAGAACUGAACAAAAAGUUUACAUACUUAAAAAAUUAGACCAUCAAAUUGAUUAUAUCAUUGACAAUGUAAUGUCUCAAAGAGAUGCAAUAUCAGAUAUUAUUUCCUCCUUCUACGAAAAAAUCACACAUCUACAGUACAUGCAUACCAACACCAAUGACGAAUAUGAUUUGGUUUAUCGACUACUGAUGUCCAUGCUUAAAUCUUACCUGGGAAUAAUGGAUUCUUGGAUAUUCGAAGGAAUCAUUCAAGACAAAUUCCAAGAAUUUAUGCUCUCGAAAAACGACAAUUUGAAUGUCGAAACACCUUUAUUUUGGACUGAAGGAUUUAUUCAAUCCAAAAUUCCAAGCAUUUUUUCCAACACCAAGGAUAAAAUUAUUAGUAUUGGAAAAUCCAUUAUCUUGAUGAAAGACAUUGAAACCAAGCACGAAAUUACUUUGGACACAAGCUCCAUAGGUGACUACAUGUUGGAUAAAGAAAAACCUUCUCUCUAUAGACUAUUAGAAACAGCCUUGGAUUUGGAUUCUAGAAAUGGUGAUGUAAACCAUGAAAAUUUUCAUGCAUGUGAGACUUUUAAAACGGAAACAUCUCCAAAAGCACUGACACUGUUACGAUCAAUCCAUAAACCAAGAAAAGAUAACACCAACGAAAAUUCUAACACUGUAGAGCCAUCAUCUCCAAUUUCUAUUUGUUCUGAAUCUAUUCCAAUUGGUUCUAUCCAUUUUAUGAGAUCACCUCCAAAAAAAAAACGAAUGUUAUCCCUCUUAGAAACUGAAGACUUGUACAGCAAUACUAUUUCAGAUCCAACCGAUAACAAGGACAAAUCAUUCUUCUCACUCGCCACAGACCCCUUUAGGUCAGACGAUCAAACAAGCAAUAUUUUCAAUUUGCUGAAGAAAAAGAGUUUAUCAGAAGUGAUUGACUUUCAGUGCGUGUCAGACAAUCAUUACAUGUCUUCAAGCAAGAUACUUGAACAGCCUAUUGAAAUUAAUUUUGAGUUAGGUCUUUUUAAGAAUAUUAAGGAACAAUAUUCACGCAUAGCUCCCUACUUGUGCAAUUUGAUAGUUUAUAGAUCGAAGCUCAUUGACCAUCUCACAGCUAUUCGAGCUAUUUUCUAA